AUGGUUUUCCUACGUUUGAGGGUUAAGGUGUACCCCCGCGAGCAGGUUGCGCCUACUCCGUCUUUCUCGCUCCGUUCCAUUCUCGGUGAUCGCGACCGCGAUGACGCCAGUCGCAGUACAAAUGGCUCGACUACCGGGAAACCGGCCACCUUCUUGCUGGUGCUGGAGAAGCCGGAGGAGAUCACCCUGGGUGGGCUGGCGGGCUUGAUCCAAGAAAAGUGGAAGAAGCUGAGACCUAAGGCGGAUCCGUUGGACAUUAAGAAGCUCCUCGAUGACAAUCAUGAAUCCGACGACCUCGAUGCCGAUAUGACCGUUGCCGAGGUGUUCGUGGAUAACGGCAGAGCACGCCAGGACGGCUCUGAUCAGCGAGCUACGGUCCGUGUGAUACAAAAGCCUGGCCAGUAUGCUCCCGUGCGGUUCCCCUCCGUCACCCAAGACUGGGACGCUGCCGCGCAAAGCUUUGAGCGUCAGAUACAGAUCAAAAAGGAGGCAGUCAAAGCGGCGAUGGAUCAGAUUCCGACCAUCACUGAGGAGGAGACCACCGAUUUCUCGCACUCGGAAUCGGCAAGUAGACCAUCGUCGGCGUGGGGCUCUUAUGAGAACCGCCGGUCAGAAAUCCCCGUUUCGUCUGUGGAAAAGGACGAAGUUCCGGUAUCGCCCGCGCCUUGGGAUAAGAAGUCACACGUGCAUGAAGAGGAUUCUCAGGACCAGACGGGCAGCACGAUUGCGGCCACACCACUGCAGAAGCGCAUGGUGAGUCAGGAGCUGGGUGAUUCUCCCUCUCACUCUCCGACGCCCAAAGCGCACGCCGCGUCCUCGAGACAUGGCUCAUCGCAGGGUUCUGCAAGGCGGCCGAUCGUCAAGGAUGUCACAGAAGCGAAGGCCGCUGCGCCACGCGAAGUGGGGAGCCCUGAUAGUUCGCUAUCACCUUUGAGUACGCGGAAACCACUCAAGCGCCGGCAAGUGCCCGAACCGCAGGCGCCAAUUCCGGUCGUUGACAGCGAGAGCGAGGAGAGUGACGAGAAUGACGAGAAUGUGGAACCCCAACCCGUUGCAGAGAAUCAACCCCAGAAUGGUGAUGUUCUCAUGCACGACGCUGGCGCGACAGCUACGCAGGAACCCCAACCAUCGAACAACAGCAGCUCGCGCAAGAGAAAGUUGACCCCGGACAUUUUCGAACCGAGCAAAGAGCCCCGUCUUGCCGAGCCGGCCAGUACUCAGAAUGGCGACCAGGCCGCUGAGAAGAGCAUUGUGACAUCUGAGGUGAGUCCAUCAACUCCACGCAAACGCGCCAGGGCCCCAUCGUUUGCAUUUGGUCGCCGCCUGAACUUUUCAGGGCGUGCACCGUCCGAGCCCCCUAAGCCUGGCCUGGGGCUGGGUAUUACGAAGAGUCCGCCUAACAAACGGCAUAUGCAUUGGACCCAGGUCUCGGCCAUCCCCGCGCCACCCAACUUCCUGCCCCCCAAUGGCACCCCGGAAAUCCCCAGUAGUAGCGCCCCUACGCUCCGCCGUGGUUCCGUCUCGCUGGCCCAAUUCUCCACGCCCUCGAAACUUCAAACGCCCAUUGACAAAGUCAAGGUCUUGCACUCGGCCUUGCGCAAGAGUUCCCCGGCCGAGCGACCAUCGGAACGCCGGUCUGUGUCAUUCGCCGACGAAGACGAGGUUCUGUGCACCGGUUCUCAGCCCGCGCCAAAGUCGAAUCCUCAAAGUGCCUCGAAGGUCCGGACCAAGGCGACGGGCCCCAACCGGAGAACGUCGGACUCGAGCUCUAUGGUUUUUCCUGCUUCUGUGCCCCAAGAGCGGCUGGACCAGCUCUUGGCAGAGGCCAACCGGAAGGUGGAGCAGGAUCGGCGAUUCGAGGAAGAAUUAAAGGCUAAGAUCAAGGCCGCUCGCGAACAGAAGGCUGACCCUCAGUAUAUCCGCAAACUGACCAGUAUGUCGGACGCAUGGACUGCUUACAAGAAGGCUGAAAAGGAGGGCCGUCAAGCGAAGCUGGAGACACAACGUAACAAGUUUGAAUCUCAGCGAAGGGAGGUUGAGAAGUUCGAAGCCUCUCUGAAGACCAAAUCAGCCCCUGUUUCGCCAAAGCCCAAGCCCUCGAUUAACGGUCAAGGGUCGCAAAAGUCAACGCCACGCUCCCAUUCCGAUGAGGUCUCCAUUGUCGUCCCGACUCCGCAGUCCGCGAAAGCUGCCAGGUCAACACCCGCUUCGAGUGCGAAGACCGCCCAAGUGCAAGCGCAGACCCGGCCGACCAGCAAGACGACAACGUCCCCGAAGCCUGUCGCAAACGAACCUCCUCAAAGUUCCCUUGCCUCAGACGGCCUUGACCUGCCGCCCAUGGGCAGGACCGUAUACAGAGCCGGCUCUGCCAAACCGAAUGGGACCCCUGUCCGACCCAUUCCGGUCAAGUCGCCCCAGCAGGCCAAGCCGGCCACUCAAGCACAGCCGACCCCUCCGGCACCCGUUGAGGUAUCGUCUGAUUCUGAAGAGUCCAGCUCCGAGUCGGAGUCGGAGUCGGAAUCCGAGUCCGAGUCUGGCUCAGGAUCUGAGGGCGAGCCCAUCAGCAAACCCUCCCCCCGCAAGACGGCAUCUUCGCCUACGAAACCCAAUUCUACCACACCGGCUGAACUUCCCGCAUCGCAACCUGCCCCGCAGGCGUGGGCGCGGCCGUCCAGCGCGACCCGGACUACGCGGACCACGCUGAAGUCGCUGAUCCAACACCAGAAGAAGGAGCUGGAGGCAAAGACGCAGCCACGACGGGCGGCCAACAGUCAGCCUCGCAAGCGCAACAUGUUUUCGCCGCCGUCGGACAGUGAGGAUGAGAGCGAGAGCGAGAGCAGCAGCAGCAGCAGCAGCAGC